UCGUCUUUUCUCUGGUAUGGCUGAUGCGAAGUAUCCAGACACGAUUGCCUUGACCUUUGACCCUACCAACCAGUGGCUUUCCUGUGUGUACAACGACCACAGCCUGUAUGUGUGGGAUGUCAAAGACCCGAAGAAAGUGGGCAAGGUGUACUCCGCUUUGUACCACUCUUCCUGCGUGUGGAACAUUGAGAUGUAUCCAGAGGUGAAAGACAGCAAUCAGUCAUGCCUGCCCCCUGGUUCCUUCAUCACCUGCUCCUCUGACAACACCAUUCGUCUGUGGAACACGGAGAGCUCCAACAUUCAUGGCACAGCCCUGCACCGCAACAUCCUCAGCCACGACUUGAUGAAAAUCAUCUAUGUAGAUGACAACACUCAGGUACUUCUGGACACUGAUUUAGGAAGUGCAGACAAAGCUGAUGCACAAGUGAUGGAUACGAAGGUGGGGAUACGCACGGUUUGUGUGAGUCCCAGUGGGGAGCACCUGGCCUCGGGGGACAGGAUAGGCACUCUCAGGAUAUAUGAGCUGCAGUCUCUGAGGGAAAUGCUGAAGGUGGAAGCCCAUGACUCUGAAAUCCUAUGUCUAGAGUACUCCAAACCUGACACAGGCUUAAAGCUCUUAGCCUCAGCCAGUCGGGAUAGAUUGAUUCAUGUCUUGGAUGCUGGAAAGGACUACAGCCUGCAACAGACCCUGGAUGAACAUUCUUCUUCCAUCACUGCUGUGAAGUUUGCAGCCAAUGAUGGCAAAGUGCGAAUGAUAAGCUGUGGGGCAGAUAAGAGCAUCUAUUUCCGCACUGCGCAGAAGACAGGAGAAGGGGUUCAGUUUACCCGAACACAUCACAUUGUUAGGAAGACUACUCUGUAUGACAUGGAUGUGGACCCCAGCUGGAAAUACGCAGCUAUUGGAUGCCAGGAUCGUAACAUCAGGGUUUUCAACAUAAGCAGUGGGAAGCAGAAGAAGCUUUACAAGGGAUCCCAAGGUGAAGAUGGCACCCUCAUCAAAGUGCAAACAGAUCCCUCUGGUCUUUAUAUUGCAACCAGUUGUUCUGACAAGAACCUCUCCAUCUUCGAUUUCUACUCUGGCGAGUGUGUUGCAACCAUGUAUGGACAUUCAGAGAUCGUAACUGGGAUGAAAUUCAGCAAUGACUGCAAACAUCUGAUCUCUGUUUCUGGUGACAGCUGUAUCUUCAUUUGGCGUCUGAGCUCAGAGAUGACCAUCAACAUGCGGCAGCGACUGUCUGACAUGAAGCAGAGAGGGAAGCAGGCAGAAAAGUCUCCUCCACACAAGACAGCUGGACUCAUGAGGCAUGAGUCCAUCUCUGCCCUGUCCUCUGUGCCUGCACUCUCAUCAGACAGCGACAAGGAUGGUGAAGACGAAGGGAACGAUGAAGAUGAGCUACGUGGGCUGCAGUCUUUCCAGAUUCAGUCCAACUGCAGCGCUGAGAGAGACUCAGAUCCAGAUCUUACCCUCUCAAGAAGCCUUUCCCACUGGGAAAUGAGGAGGGCCAAAGAGAUAGCGGCAAUCCAGCGCUCAGAGGCACCAAUGAGCAAGAUGCCUCGGCAACGUGGGCGCUGGUCCCAGCCAACCAGCAACAUAGAGAUGACUGUGAAAUCCAUGCUUGAUUUGCGUCAGUUGGAGUCUUUCUCUGUUUCCCGUUCACCGAGUCGAGACUCGCUGUCUCAAAACAGCAACGGGGACGAUAGAGAAGAGCAGGCAGAUCUUCCUGUGCACAUCAACAAAGUUGGCAGCUCAGUACCUCCCCAAGAUAACCGGUCUUGCGUGCGACCUCAAGUGAUUCGGCUUGUGUCUUGUGAAGAGGGGAUUUUCUCUCAGGAACUGGAACCUUCUGAGAGUGAGGAGUGUGUAAUCUACCCUGAGCAAGAUGAAAUCCAUCCCACAGGCCCUAGCAGUGAGUUCCAGGUAAAAGCACUGUCCCACGGGAAGCUAAGUAGAGGUUAUCACAGUAAUGGAUGCCCAGACAAACACAGUCCUGACAGUGCCUGCUCUGUAGAUUACAGCAGCAGUCGCCUGUCCAGCCCAGACCAUCCGAAUGAAGAUUCUGAAAGCACUGAGCCCCUAAGUGUGGAUGGCAUCUCAGACCUGGAGGGAGAGGAAGGAGAGGAGGAUGUGGGUACUAGCAUGCCGGAGGGAGAAGUCCCCCGGACACCCGAUCAGGAAAAGUUCCUGAAGCAACAUUUUGGGACCCUGGGCAGUACUGAUGGAAAAGGUGGCUCAUGUAGAAAUCUGGAAAGAACUGAAAACCUCAGCAUUUCCUCUCGCUUUCUUUCCCAGUCCCCGGCUCUCAGACGAUUGUCACUCUCUUCAUCAAAUCUGAUACUGGAUUCAAAACCCAUCGAGCCGCCAACCCAGACCAGCCGGUUUAUACCAGACCUGUUGAAAAAUGGCAGCAGCCAUCCUGGUGAUGCAUUGGAGAACACCCAGCUCCUGGAGAGUGUAAAUUCAAAUCGAGCUGUUUAUGCCCAGAAAAAGCGCAGAUCAGCUUUGGAGGCCAGCAGAGCUGGUAUGGCUCCUGGACGGGUUAUUGCGUCCUUUCCGGAAGGCCCUGUGAAUGCAGUGAUGAGGAAGGCACAGUCAGUUCAUGACCUCGUUCAUGAGGAUAAGGGUCCUGGAGUAAUAUCCUCUGCCAAGCAGCGCCCUCAGACUCUUUUGGUGGUUGAGAAGGAUCCCAAACCUAGCAGUUGCAGGGCGUUAUCAACCAGUAUGUUGAAGAUGGAUGGAUCUGGUGCUCUGCUGGCCAAAGAUGUCAGGGCUGCGAAACCAAAGUCCUAUAUGAACCCCACAACCAGCUUCCGGGCUAAGAUGUCAAGGAGCAUAUCUGUAGGGGAAAAUCUGUACCUUGGUUACUCCACGGAAAUGUUGACUGAUGGGAGGACUAGCCCUCCAGUGGCAGAGAAGAUGCAAUUUAGCUCCACAGAAGAUGCUGAGAAGAUUAAGUUACCAGUGAAAGAAAACGUUCCAGUGAAGCCAGCGCUUCAGCCAGUUGUAAACUGCUCAUCUCCCAAGUCCUUCCACAGCAAGUUGGCAUCGUCCAACCGAGCACAUCUGAUUCUUGACAUUCCCAAGCCAUUGCCUGAUAGACCCACACUGGCCUCCUUCUCACCCACUACCAAAACAAAAACCUUGCUUGAGCCACAGUGUCCACAGUCGCCUGCUGGGGUCUGUAAAAAGAAACCCUCUUUUCCUGAGGUCCGAGCCUCCAAGAAGGAGAAUCAAACUGCUGGGUCUUUGGUUCCUGGUAAAGAGAUCCCAACAGGACUUGCUAAGGAGAGCCCAGUGGAGAGUUCAGUCUCAAGGACAGGUUGCCAGGAUGAGCCAGGGGUCACUAAUCCAAAGCUGAGGGAGCUGUCAGAGGGUCAUCACCUGAGGUCUCCAGAGGGCACACUGCCCAGGUGCAGGGAGAGGAUCACCGGGAUCGCCUGUGUGCUAGACAACCAAUCUGGACUUUGCCCACUAGACCCCAUCAGGCCGAGGUCUCCUACGUCUAUAACUGCCUCAGCACAGGUCUCAGGUGUGCAUGGAUACCCAUCUCUUAUCUUCCCCCUUCUGUCUCCUGUCUUUGUGAACCGCCUCACGAUCCCAUCACAUUUCUUUACGUCCAGCUUCGGGCCUGUCUCGUCCUGUCUGCACCUGUCUCGUUCCAUAAGCCAUCCCCUCAAUGAGUUGUGCAUCAGCGUGGAGCAGUGUGAGCACGUGGUGUCCGAGCUCCAGGACAGCAUGCGCAAAGCCAUUCAUCUCUACCGCAUGGUGUUAAAUGAUACGGAGUCUUCUACUGACAAAGAUAAAAUAGCGGGCCUCCUGACAGAAACAUUCUCCUCAAUGAAGAAAGAAUUGGACUCUCUGAAGGAUGAGGAAGAGCUUCCAAAGGUUAAGGAGGCACUGGCAAAGCCACAGGAUACCACUAGCCCACCGAAUGAGGGAUGCGGUGCCAAUCUACCAAGUCCCAAGAGUUUGGGAGAUGAGCAGACACUAGCUCUGCUGGAACAGUACUCGGAGCUAUUGUUACAAGCUGUGGAACGACGCAUGGACAAAAAACUCUAA